ACCGUUAAUUUAGCAGGUUGCGGUCGUGCGAGUGGAAGAGUGCGCGUGAAUAAGGUGAAUCCGUCGGAUUGCAUUUCUCUUCCUCUUCCACUCCUCACACCUACGCAGAGGUGUGUGUGUGCCAGUGUGUGUGUGCGUGAUUUGACGAAACCAAACAACAACAACGACAACAACAACACAAAUCACAGUCAGCAUGCUAAUCGAAAUAGCUCAAAAGGCAACUGAGUAAAAUCAAAGUAUAUAGUAUAAACACAACUGCAAACACGACCGCAAAGUGUAUAUUUUUUGUGAAAUUCGCCGAAACGAAAUAGGAACUUGGGAAUUUUUGACAGCAGAAUCAAGGAGCAAAGCGGAGAGCAGAGAGCGGGCAUUUGUGGUCACGCUCUGUAAGAAAAUCCAGGAAGCGGGGAAGGAAACCCAGGCAAAGGCACACUUCCUAACGACCCAGCCGUUCCUAAAAAUCUUCGUUCACACAUAUCCAGGCGCUUCAGACUGAUUGACUGCACAGACUGCCAUAAACCAUAGACGAUAUCUUCCAAGAGGACAACGCAUAUCAAGCAAAAAAAAAAAGGAGAGAGAAGAAAAACAACAAGCGAUUGGAAAACGAGAAAAACAUAUCCUGCGUCAUAAAUCAUUGCCAGGCUUUGAUUAAUGUUGCGUAUACGCAAUGUUGUCGGCCCCCGAGUUGGACUCUAACUAAGUGAAGGUCAAAUCGCUCAAAACAAGAGGAAAAAGACAGAUAGAAAAGGCUUCCAUUAGCACCUUCUGGGUCAUAGAUAACAGCAACAUCAUCAUCAUUCUCGGCUGUCGCAGUUGAAACCACAGAUCCCAAGAACCAAAGAUGGCCUUCAUCUGGCGACGACGCUCCACGACGAUUGUCAAGCUGGUGGCCUUCCUGCUGGCCAUUUGGUUCUGCAUAGCCUUCCUGGUCUACACCGAUGACACCCACCGAAGAGCCUCCCAGGAGGGGGGCGGUGGCAGCGGGGCGGGCAGCGCCCUGGGAGGGGGCGGGGCCGGCGGACUGGGCGAUCCGAUUGCCCUGCCCCUGAGGAAUGAGCUCGGCGGCGAGGACCUGGGCGGCAAUGGGAAUGUCAUCGGAGGAGUAGGUGGCAUCCAAAAGCAGGCUCGCGACGAAGCCGACAUCCCACCCACCGUGGGCAAACACAAGGUCGACCACCAGGCGGAAAGGAUGCGCAAGAAGGCGGCGGAGCAGCCCAAGAAGAAGCCACAAGACGACACAAAAAAAGUUAUUGAUCCACCCAGCAACUUUGAGGAAAAUCCCGGCGAGCUGGGCAAAGCUGUGCGUCUGCCCAAGGAAAUGUCCGAGGAGAUGAAGAAGGCCGUUGACGAUGGCUGGACCAAGAACGCCUUCAAUCAAUAUGUAUCCGAUCUGAUAUCGGUGCAUCGCACUCUGCCCGAUCCUCGGGAUGCCUGGUGCAAGGAUGAGGCGAAAUAUCUGCCCAAUUUGCCCAAGACCGAUGUGAUUAUCUGCUUCCACAACGAAGCUUGGACCGUGCUGUUGAGGACAGUUCACUCGGUUUUGGAUAGGUCGCCGGAACACCUUAUAGGCAAGAUUAUACUGGUGGACGACUACAGCGAUAUGCCUCACUUGAAGCGGCAGUUGGAGGACUAUUUUGCCGCCUAUCCCAAAGUCCAGAUUAUCAGAGGUCAAAAGCGGGAGGGUCUGAUUCGAGCCCGAAUUCUGGGGGCCAACCAUGCCAAGUCAGCUGUUCUCACCUAUUUGGAUUCCCAUUGCGAGUGCACAGAAGGAUGGCUCGAACCGCUUUUGGAUCGUAUUGCCCGUAAUGCCACCACUGUCGUGUGUCCUGUGAUCGAUGUUAUUAGUGAUGAUACGCUGGAGUACCAUUAUCGAGAUUCUGGCGGAGUAAAUGUCGGAGGAUUCGAUUGGAAUCUUCAGUUCAGCUGGCAUCCAGUUCCCGAUAGAGAGCGGAAGCGUCAUAAUAGCACCGCCGAACCCGUCUACUCACCCACCAUGGCAGGUGGACUCUUCUCCAUCGACCGGGAGUUCUUCGAUCGCCUGGGCACCUAUGAUUCCGGCUUCGAUAUCUGGGGCGGUGAGAAUCUGGAGCUGUCCUUCAAGACCUGGAUGUGCGGCGGCACCCUGGAGAUAGUGCCCUGUUCCCACGUAGGCCACAUUUUCCGGAAACGUUCGCCGUACAAGUGGCGUUCGGGCGUGAAUGUGCUGAAGAAGAACUCCGUGCGGUUGGCCGAGGUUUGGAUGGAUGAGUACUCGCAGUACUACUAUCACCGCAUCGGCAAUGACAAGGGCGACUGGGGCGAUGUCAGCGAUCGCAGAAAGCUCCGUAACGAUCUUAAGUGCAAAAGCUUCAAGUGGUACCUGGACAACAUCUACCCCGAACUCUUCAUUCCCGGCGAUUCGGUGGCCCAUGGAGAGAUAAGAAACCUAGGUUAUGGCGGUCGCACCUGCCUGGACGCACCUGCCGGCAAGAAGCACCAGAAGAAGGCCGUGGGCACGUACCCCUGCCAUCGGCAGGGUGGAAACCAGUACUGGAUGCUCAGCAAGGCGGGCGAAAUCCGACGCGACGACUCCUGUCUCGAUUAUGCCGGCAAGGAUGUGACGCUCUUCGGCUGCCACGGGGGUAAAGGAAACCAGUUCUGGACCUUCCGCGAGAACACGAAGCAGCUGCACCACGGCACCUCCGGCAAGUGCCUGGCCAUCAGCGAGAGCAAGGACAAGCUGCUGAUGGAGGAGUGCAACCCGAGUCUGAGUCGCCAGCAGUGGACCCUCGAGAACUACGACAGCUCCAAGUUGUGAGGCUACUUCUAUGCGAGGGGCAACCUGCUGUUGCCCACUUCGCGGCGACAACCACAACCACGAGCAUAGCGGCAGGACCAGGAAGGGAUGCGGAAACAGGACAUGAAGUGGCGGCAGGAGCUGGAGUAGUUAGAUUCCCCCGAGGCAUGUGCAAUAGGGAGAGGGCGGAGCGGAUUGUAGCAGCAGGAGCAGGAGCAGCAGCAGCAUCACUUGCCAUGCUAUAUAAAUAUUAUUAAAAUUUAUAUGUUUCCAAACAACAGAAUAGACGUUACAUAGCCCUAAGAUCCACAGACUAGACAAACAGACACUAAAAAAAGAGAACGACUGCUGUACAGUAGCUAUAAGUUGAUAGGUUUUCUAGCCCCUAAGUCGGAGGAGCACUUAGGAUUAGGUUAAUGGAGCCCCGGGCCAAGGACAAGUGCUGGCCAACAAACCGAAGUCGUAGCGCAAUUUUUGCAUUUAAAUUUGUAAUCAUUUAGCACAAUUUACGGAAAGCGUGAACCCUGUCUCUGUGUAACUCGACUUACUACCAUGGCCAACGCCAGGCGAAAGAUGUCCGGAUUAUUUAUGAAUUUUACAAAUGUCAUCAAAUGGCUCUGCGAAAGCCUCAUUCCAAAUAUAUGUUUUAGUGAGUAAGCCCUAGGCUAAGUCUGAGUUGGAAAGCAUUUGGUGAUAGCCUUUGUUUCGCCUGUGGCCCCCAGCAUUCCCCCUAUAUUACCAUUCUUUUAUCUUCUUAAAGGGCGAACCAAAUUUUGAUUUUAUUUAUUUUCGUACGAUUUAGGGACUGCCUUGUGUUGCUUAAUUUUUAGACGAGGAGCGUUGCCAAAUUACGUUUAGGUGUUUAGAUUUCGGGUAACUUUGUGUUCUCUUUGAAAAUCCGUUGCAUUUCCCUUCGUUGGAUUCUCAAGACGACAACAUAUCCUAUUUGUUGGACACAGCCAGCUUGUAGUACUUACAAAUAUCAGUUUCCAAACUACCGAUAUCACACCAGAUAUAUAGCGUUAGUCCCCCUAGUGGUUAGUUCAUAAUGCAAAUGUGCAUAGUGCCUUCUAUUUGUAACGGACGCAUUCGUACACAUAUGUUAUCGUAAACGUUCAUCGAACUCUUGUAGAAUUAGGCUAGGUCACAAUCACAGCGACUGUGUAUAUACUGUACUGUACAAUUUCAUAUCGCAUCCAGCAGAAUGUGUACAUAACUACGAUUAAAUACUGUUUUAUUCAAGACUAAAACGUACAUAUUAUAUAUCAAUAUGAUAGCCAAGAGUUGCGCAUUGUUUUUCGUUUGCUAUGUUUUAUUCCAGCCAGCGAGCUUCACUGUAGGCGGCAUUUACAUUUUACGUACGAAACCAAAAGCCAUAGGAAGUGGUCGAUAAUCUUUUUUUAAACUAAACUUACAAUAGUUAAGUAAGCGCCUAGUAAAUGUGUAGUAAGAACGCAAAAUUGUGCAAGGAAUCAGAUACAGUUAUAAAUAAAAUAUGUGAAUUGAAAA